AUAGUUCCUAUCGCCCUCCCUUGUUUAUUCUAUAAAGAGAAUUCCGAUCUUCCAUCCGCCAGUCCGCAGUAGCCAUUCAUUGUAGAGCAGAUAUGUCGGGUUCCCAAGGCCUGGACCUCCCCAAGUCUAAUCGAAAUAACACGUGUCGAUCUUUGAAUGAAUGAUCGUGAAUCACAUCGAUCCCGCUUAAAAGGCGAAAACUGUCUCGCACAAACGGAAUAUAGCCCAGGUGGAAGCGGAGGCGGCUGUCCUGCCAGAUUUUAGUAAUUGAAUCUCCUACCCAGUCCGCCGCCAUUGAUUUCCUCUCCUUCCCUCUCGCUGUUGACCGUUUUCCUCCACGUUUCUUCAAUAAUUUCGGGGAGACCUCCAGAAUUUUUGUUUUGAUUUUCGCCUGAAUUUUUAAUCUCGCCAUGAAAGAUAUUCAAGAGGGCGAGGGUGCACAGGAAAAUGACAUGCUAUCGCCUAGCCAUGUUCAUCCACUCAAGAAGCUCAAACGACUGCACUGGUGGCUGCUUGUUGCACUUAACAUCGCCUUUCUUCUCAUCGGUCAAGCUGCAUCUGUUCUGUUGGGAAGAUUUUACUACGACAAGGGUGGAAAAAGCAAAUGGAUGGCUACUCUUGUCCAAACCGCUGGCUUCCCUAUUCUCCUUAUCCCGUAUUUCUUCCUAAGCCCCUCAAGUGAUCAGUCUCAUCAAAUUUCCACAACCCCAGCUUCUAUUCCUAUUAUAUCCAUAAUCUAUACGGUUAUUGGAAUUGUCAUUGCUGGUGACAACAUGCUAUAUUCCAUUGGUUUGUUAUAUCUCUCGGCUUCGACUUACUCCCUCAUUUGUGCCACACAGCUAGCAUUCAAUGCUGUCUUUUCUUAUUUCAUCAAUAAACAAAAAUUCACUGCUUUGAUCCUCAACUCUGUCGUCAUCCUUUCCCUCUCGGCAUGCUUACUUGCUGUUAAUGAUGACUCUGAUGCACCGGCUGGGGUGACCCACCGCAAAUAUGUGAUCGGGAUUAUCACUUCCCUUAUGGCUUCUGCAUUGUAUGCUCUCCUACUCUCCCUUAUGCAGGUAACCUUUGAGAAGGUUCUGAAGAAGGAGACGUUCUCAAUUGUCCUCGAGAUGCAAAUCUACACUGCCUUUAUAGCCACGUGCGUGACCAUAGUAGGCCUCUUCGCCAGCGGCGAGUGGCGAACCCUGCAUGGUGAAAUGAUGAGUUUCACGACCGGAAGAGCUUCCUAUAUCUUGACAUUGGUGUGGACAGCUGUGGCGUGGCAGGUGUGUUCGGUUGGGGUUAUAGGUUUGAUCUUCGUGGUGUCGUCUCUGUUCUCGAAUGUGAUCAGCACGCUGUCGCUGGCAGUCACGCCCCUCGCGGCGCUCGUUGUGUUCCGUGAUAGUAUGAACGGCGUGAAGAUCAUUGCGAUGCUGAUGGCAUUCUGGGGAUUCGCUUCGUAUAUAUAUGAGAAUUAUAAGGAGGAUGCCAAGAUGAGGAGGAGGAGGAAAGGUCUUGGUGAAGGUAAUGCUGCUCCUAACACGACUGUUUCUGCUUCUUCUUGUUGAUGAUUGAUGUUCAUAUUUAAUGAAGAUUGAAAUUAUUUUUUAUUUGUGAUUUUGGGUUUUUGGUUUGAUGAGAAAUGUUUUGUGUUGAUUAAGCAGUGCAUGGUUAGAGUUUUUAUUGUUUGACUUUCGCGAUCGUUCGUAAUUCAAGCUCGGCUCGUUAAGAAUUUUUAUUGUU